CCUGGACUCCCGAGCUGCAAGCAGGCAAGACUGCACCAGUGACACGGCCGUCUCCGACCUUGUGUCCCUUCUGAAGGUAUUCAUGAAAAGGGAGGGGAUGCGGCAGGCAGGCGUUGCCGGUAGGGAUCCUGCCUGCCUCCGGGAUCUCAGAGUUCAGACUUGCUGAGCGCUGGAAGGACUGAAGGACCUCUGGGGUCAGAAAGCAGCUCAGACCUCUGGAAAAGCGAGCCUCAGGGGGCAAUCUGCCAAGCGCAGGGCCCGGGGGAGGGACUCCCCACGCCCAGCCCCGGAAGAGCAGCCUGCUGCCCGGGUUCAGGCAGGACUCUCCGCUCGGCAGGUUGGGGCUCGCAUUUACGCACACCUCCAGGACCACAGGAGCCAGAGGAUACCUGUCUUCCUCUGCAGUGGCCUUCUGCCUGUUGUCCCUGGGGGAUCUCUGCAGAGACUGAGUGGGAAGACAGUGUCACAGAUUAAGGGACCUGCCAAGAUGCUCCAGUUACAAGGCCCCCACCUGCUGAAGAUGUUAGAGAAGUCCUUGAGGAUGAGUCUGCCUGAGUCAUUAAAGGUUUAUGGGACCGUCUUCCACAUGAACCAGGGAAACCCAUUUGGUCUAAAGGCCCUGGUGGACAAGUGGCCAGAUUUUAAGACAGUGGUUAUCCGCCCUCAGGAGCAGGAGAUGGCAGAUGACUUUGAUCACUACACCAACACCUACCAAAUCUUUUCUAAGGAUCUCAAGAACUGUCAGGAGUCCCUUACCACAUCAGAUGUCAUCAACUGGAAACAACAUUUGCAGAUCCAAAGUUCGCAGUCCAGCCUGAAUGAGGUGAUACAGAAUCUUGCAGCCGCUAAAUUUGUUAAGGUCGAGCACACACAGUGCAUUCUCUACGUGAUGCCUGAGACAGCGAGGAAACUGCUUCCUUCCCUGCCAGAGACAAAGAACUUACCUGUUGGAUACGGUGCACCCAAAGCCAUUAACGAGGAGAUGUUUAAGCUCUCAUCCAUGGAUCCUACACAUGCCGCUUUGGUGAAUAAAUUCUGGCAUUUUGGUGGCAAUAAGAGGAGCCAGAGAUUCAUCGAGCGCUGUAUCCGGACCUUCCCCACCUUCUGCCUGCUGGGGCCCGAGGGGACCCCUGCGUCCUGGUCCCUGAUGGACCAGGCGGGAGAGAUCCGGAUGGGGGCCACCCUGCCCAAGUACCGGGGCCACGGGCUCAUCUCCCACAUGCUGAAUGUCCACACCCGGGCUCUGGACCAGCUCGGCUUCCCUGUGUAUAACCACACACACAAAGCCAACAAAAUCAUACAGAGAAUCAGUGACAACCUGCAUCACAUCGCCAUCCCCCGUGGUUGGAACCAGUGGAACUGCGUGCCCCUGUGAAGCGGGCCCCCACCCGAGACAGCGCUGGGUGGGCUGGACACGUGGCCAGAGAGGCAGAGGGCUGCGUGGGAAGGAAGACAGACUCAUCAUCAGCGGGGAGGCAGCGUGGGCUGUUUGGGGCUGGGCAAGCGGUGAGCGACCCGCAGAACCCCAGAGCCCCUGCUCACUGCUCACCCGCGGACUUCCCUUCGGUUCCCGCAGAUCUUCCUGUUUCCCCCACAUUCCAACCCUGGCAACCUCCACUCUACUCUGUGCUUCUAUGCAUUCAACUUUUUUUCUUUUUAAGACCCCAUGUAGUAAGCGGGAGGCGACCUGUGUAUAAUUAUGGCUGAUUUGUGCUAUUGUAUGGCAGAAGCCAACACAACGUUGUAAGGCAAUUUUCCUCCAAUUAAGAAAUAAAUUUUAAAAAUAAAGUUAAUGCUUUGAAGAAACGUUAACAAA